CCUCAGCAGCCCGAGCCAUGGGGACCCCAGCCAUCCGGGCCGCGUGCCAUGGGGCACACCUGGCGCUGGCUCUGUUGCUGCUGCUGUCGCUGUCGGAUCCCUGGCUGUGGGCGACCGCCCCUGGCACUCCGCCUCUCUUCAACGUCAGUCUGGACGCGGCCCCGGAGCUGCGCUGGCUGCCGAUGCUGCAGCACUACGACCCAGACUUCGUGCGCGCCGCGGUGGCGCAGGUUAUUGGAGACAGGGUUCCCCAGUGGAUACUAGAGAUGAUCGGAGAAAUCGUGCAGAAGGUGGAGAGCUUCCUGCCUCAGCCCUUCACCUCCGAGAUCCGCGGCAUAUGUGACUACCUCAACCUCAGCCUGGCAGAGGGUGUCUUGGUCAACUUGGCCUAUGAGGCUUCCGCAUUCUGCACCAGUAUUGUGGCCCAAGACUCCCAAGGCCGUAUUUACCAUGGCCGGAACCUGGACUAUCCUUUUGGAAAUGCCUUACGAAAGCUGACAGCAGACGUGCAGUUUGUAAAGAACGGGCAGAUUGUAUUCACGGCGACCACUUUUGUUGGCUAUGUAGGACUGUGGACAGGUCAAAGUCCCCACAAGUUUACAAUUUCUGGUGAUGAACGAGACAAAGGCUGGUGGUGGGAGAACAUGAUUGCUGCGCUUUCCUUGGGACACUCGCCCAUCAGCUGGCUUAUCCGCAAAACCCUGACUGAGUCCGAAGACUUCGAAGCGGCCGUUUACACGCUGGCCAAGACUCCCCUCAUUGCUGAUGUGUAUUACAUCGUUGGGGGUACAUCGCCCCAGGAGGGAGUAGUCAUCACCAGGGACAGAGGUGGCCCCGCGGACAUUUGGCCUCUUGACCCUCUGAAUGGAGCGUGGUUCCGAGUCGAGACCAAUUAUGACCACUGGGAGCCUGUGCCCAAGAGGGAUGACCGAAGGACACCAGCCAUCAAAGCCCUAAAUGCCACAGGGCAAGCUCACCUCAGUCUGGAGACCCUCUUCCAGGUUUUAUCCGUGUUUCCUGUUUAUAACAACUACACAAUUUAUACCACAGUGAUGAGCGCUGCUGAGCCCGACAAGUACAUGACCAUGAUCAGAAACCCAAGCUGAAGAUGAUUUAUUGUCAAAGAGCUGCAUUUGGAAGACUAAGACUGGAAGUAUUGUACGGUUUCCUGAGCAACGCAGGCUCCCUCUUCAGAAAGCCUUUCUGCCUUGUGGAAGGGGUAGAUCUCUUGGCACACAUCUGGAGGAAGAGGAGUGUAUUCUGCUGUCUUGCAUCCUCCUGAUGUCCUGGUCCCCUUGAGCUUCAUUAACAACCCACCCUGGCUUGAACAACUCAGAUAACUGAUCUCGGAGGUCAGGCUGCACCUGACUAGUCACAGGUUUCCUGUGAUUCUGUGUCCACGCCCCUGCUUUUCCACUGAAGAAGGGAACAGACAAGAUAGCUGUCGUGUGGAGGGAGGCCUUGUGGACAACCCCCCAGGAGAAAAUUUCCCCUAAGGCUGGGGUGAGGCUCAGUAGCAGAAUUUGCACCACUAAGUAAAUAGUAAAUAGAUAAACGAACAAAAGUUUUCUCUCAGGAGUGGAAACCUCUAAUCUGAGUAGAAUUUGCUUGAAGAUAUGUUCCUCUGACCUUUGAUUUCAUGUUUCUAUAUAGUGGAAAUUCACUUUUUAUAAACUUCUAAUGUAUUGUUUUAACGUGGGCCUUAUUAAAAAUAAAGCUAAUUUCUUAGUGCUUUUGAAAAUUAUGUGACAACAAAUAAUUUCCUGUCAUUCUUUAUCGUUUGUUAAUAAAAUGUCAAAAAAUGCUAGCUGCA